CCUUUGUGUUUUUUCUUUCCCAAACUUAACUCUUUUGAUUCACAUAGCAAGCUAAAGUCUGAUUAUUAUGGAGCACAAAAGCUUGAGCUUAUGCUUGAUCUUGAGCUUGAGCCUUGUUUUGCUGGGUGGCCCGGUGGCCGGAGCCGAAGAUCUGGUGACCAAGUGCGGCCAGGUUGUUCAGAAGGUGAUGCCAUGCCUCACCUUCGCGACGGGGCAGGCGGCGGUGCCGACGAAGCAGUGCUGCGACGCGGCGGCGAGCAUAAAGGAGAGCAGCCCGGAGUGCAUGUGUUACGUAAUACAGCAAACACAUAAAGGAAAUGCACAGAGUAAAAGUUUGGGCAUUCAGGAAGCUAAGUUGCUUCAGCUUCCUUCUGCUUGUAAAUUGAACGCUAACAUCUCUCAUUGUCCAGAGCUUCUAGGCCUACCUGCUAACUCGCCGGACGCAGCAAUAUUCAAGAAUACUAAUUCUUCAUCGGCGGCUAUGGCUCCCGGCGGAGCGGCCGACGCCAAGACGAACUCCAGUAGCUCGACGAGCCCAUCAGGAUCGAUCGGGAGCACACUUCAACCGCCGUUCUUUGCCGACGUAUUGGCGGUGGCUUUGGCCGUCCUUCUGGUCGCAUUUCCGGCCUCAGGAUUUCUCAGUGUUUUCACGUGAAAAGACAAUAUGUUAUCUAUCUACAUGAUUUCAUUUGUCGCUGUAGGGCUUUGAUUUGAAGAGAUUUUAUUAUCAAAAGGAGGUGUGUUUGUGUUUUUUCUUUUUUUUAGGUUUGCUCUCUUGGAAAUGGGAACAUGGAAUCUUCUGUUUGCCUUUUCAGUGGUUAAUCUUCUAUUUGUGGCACUUUGCACACGGAGUAGUAAUAUACCCUGAUGACUUUUUUAUAAGCCUCUUUGAUU